AUGAAUAACAAUAAAGAAAAUAGCUAUCCUGAUGAUAAUUAUGAUAAUUUGAUUAUAAAUAGUAAACUAAUUGAACCAGUUGAACUAAUUGAAGAACCAGUUAAGGAACCCGUUGAAGAUAUUUUUAAUAAUUUGAUCAAGCUGGCAAUAUUAAAUG